GUGUCGGUGCUGACACUGAAAAUUUGAGGAUGUUUACGUAAAGUCUUGUUUACGUACAUCAAUUACGUGUAGUAUCACUUAACCGUAGCCUUUAAUUUCGGAUUUUUAUCUUGUUGCUACGGUAAACAAACCGAUCAGAUACUCGAUUAUCUGAUUAUUUACUAUACGUUGUUACUAUACAUGUGGUUAUUAACAGGAGAGGAAAGGAAUUAAAAUUUGUAGCAUGGCAGGGAAGGAAAAAAUAUACCAUUUACUUAGUAAUAUAUCCAAAGCCUCGUGCCGAUGUCCUGCGCAUUCCAGUGCAGUACAUCUGCGAGGAAAUCAUGGAUUUACUCCAAAACAGAAUGGUAAUAAAGAAUAUGCAUUUGAGAUGACUUGUUCUAGUGUUCGAUAUGGACCAGGAGUUACACAAGAAAUUGGAAUGGACUUGAAAAAUUUAAAUGCUAAAAAAGUGUUGUUGAUGACAGAUUCUAAUAUAAGCACCCUUCCUCCGAUGACUGAAACUUUGGACUCCAUUCAUAAACAUGGAAUAGAGUAUGAUGUCUUUGAUAAAGUUCGCAUUGAACCAACUAAUGUGAGUUUCGAACAAGCUAUCUCAUUCGCUAAGAAGAAACAAUAUGAUGCAUUUGUUGCUGUUGGAGGUGGUUCUGUGAUUGAUACAUGCAAAGCUGCCAAUUUGUACUCCAGUGAUCCUGAAGCAGAGUUUUUAGAUUAUGUGAAUGCACCAAUUGGAAAAGGAAAGCCUGUUACAUGCAACCUGAAGCCAUUAAUAGCUGUGCCAACAACUGCUGGAACAGGGAGUGAAACCACUGGUGUUGCUAUAUUUGAUCAUGUGCCACUGAAAACAAAAACUGGGAUUGCUCAUCGGGCUCUUCGUCCAACACUUGGAAUAAUUGAUCCUUUGCAUACUCUACAUAUGCCUAGCAGAGUAGCAGCUUAUUCAGGAUUUGAUGUUUUAUGCCAUGCUCUUGAAUCUUACACUGCAAUUCCCUUCAAUGAGAGAACUCCUCGCCCUGAAAAUCCUGUGCUUCGCCCUGCAUAUCAAGGUAGUAAUCCAAUAAGUGAUAUAUGGGCCUUGAAAGCUCUAAGAACAAUACAAAAAUACUUUAGAAGAGCUGUAAAAAAUUCAGGUGAUUAUGAAGCAAGGUCUGAAAUGCACUUGGCUAGUACCUUUGCUGGUAUAGGAUUUGGAAAUGCUGGAGUACAUUUAUGUCAUGGAAUGUCAUAUCCAAUAUCUGGUUUAGUGAAGGAAUACAAAGCCUCAGAAUACAAAUGUAGCUAUCCUAUUAUACCCCAUGGCCUUUCUGUUGUCAUCACUGCACCAGCUGUCUUUCGUUUCACUGCACCUGCUUGUCCUGAACGUCAUUUAACAGCAGCUGAAGUGUUAGGGAAGAAUACAGUGAAUGUUAAAAGGGAAGAUGCUGGUAAAGUACUGGCUGAUGUUGUUCGUGAAUUUAUGAGUGACUUGGGAAUUGAAAACGGACUUAGUGGAUUAGGGUUUACAUCUAGUGAUAUUCCAUCUCUUGUAGAAGGAACAUUACCUCAGCAAAGGGUAACAAGAUUAGCUCCACGUGGUCAAUCACAAGAAGAACUGAGUCACUUAUUUGAAAAAUCGCUCACUGUGUAUUAAAAUGCUGCAUCUUAAUGUUUCAUGUUCAAGAAAGAAAAUGCACUAUUUACGAUGAAAUUUUAUUACGAAUUGAAUUUUUACAAUAAAAAUGUUACAAUUGAAAAAAUAGCCUGCAUUGAGUUUUUAACCUUUUAAAUAUUAAUAAAUAAAGCUUGUAAAAGGUGAAAACUCAAAAA